AUGUCUGCUCAGAUAAAUAAUCGAUAUAUAGCGAAAUUCGAAGAAUUAGAACAAAUUCAAGAGAAGCUAGCCUAAACUUCAUAAAGAACUCGUAAUAUAUCCUCAGACAGAUAGUAAACAAAUGGAAUCAACGUCCCUGAAGUUAAGAGUAGCAGAAAUAGUGAAAAAUAAUCUUAAUCAGUCGAAAAAUUCCUGAAUCUCAGACAAUAAAAUCAAAAUGUUGACAAUUUGAUAAAUUCAUGGAAACAAUAAAAAACCCAUUCUGUUUCUCUCAAUCAAGGUACAAUAGCAGGAAGCAUCAUACAGGAAUCUCCUGAACAUGAAAGUCCUUAGACUAAGUCUGGCACCUAUCCUCAUUUAAUCUUAGAAGAAGAUGAAUAAUAGCAGUUUCUAGAAUCGGUCUCUUCAGUCCAACCAACCAUUUAAAGCAAAGCUAUAGGCAAAGUCCCCAGUACUACCAAAUCAACUCUUAAGGAUUAAGUGAAUAACGAAAAGAAAAAAUCAGUAGUAUAUUCUAAAGAUGCCAACAUUUUUGCUAAUUCGCAACAAUAAACAAUAUCUCAACAAAAUCAAGCUCUUAUUUAAAAGAAGAAUACUACCAAUGUUAGACCAUAAACAUCUAAGGUUCAACCUCAACCUACUCCUAAUCAAAUUGCAUAAAAAAAGGCUGUCUAAUCUAAAUAAAUUAACAUGAAAAUGUCUUAAGAAAUCGUUGCAGAUGUCCCAUAAACUCCAUCCUAAUAAAAAAUGAAAUAAAGUUCAUUAUUAGAAAAAACUAGAUAAGUUAAAAUGAAUUAGACAUCCACUAAAGCAUCAACUAAAUCUAAUUAAAACAGUUAAGGUGAAGAAAAGAUUUUGAUUUCAUAGAUCUAGAAAGUCAAAGAAACCAUUCUUAAAUUAUAUGAGUAAAAAUUUGAACAUUAAAUGUCCCAUUCUUCAAGUAACAUAGCAAAAAAUUUUGAUUUAAUUGUAAAUACCAUGAAACUCGAUUUUCGCUGUUUAGAAAAUGAUUGAUAUAAGUAUAAAAUUAUUAUCAUUAUAUCAUAAUUUUAGUAUAUGUUG